UAGUUCACCGCGCGCUUUAGCUGGUCAGCCAUUUUCUGCAGUUACAUUAAGAGCGGAAGUCUUCGUGGAAGAAUAUCUUCAUUUUCGCGCUUUUGCCAAUCAUUAAUACCUUAAAAAUGAGUGAUGCCGAGGAACCACAAUUCGAGGGGAGGGUUAUUGGUCGUGAAGGAUUUGAAGAGUUAAGGCCAAGAAUGUGGAAGAAUAUUCAAGAUAAAAGAAGGCUUUUACAGAGAAAAUGUUUACAGAGCAGACGGUUAAGUGGGAAGGGGAGAAAAGAACGGAAGAUCGGUCAGAUAGAAGCACGCUCGCGUUAUGUGUCUAAAGCAGAAAAAAGAAAAGAGGUUUCAGAUUGGGGUGAAGAAAUGAAAAGGAGAGGAAAAAUGAAAACUGAACAAAUGAAGACCGAAGAAUAAAAUGCCUGAGAGAAAGGAAUAGCGUAUACUGAAAACAGAAGAAUGAAUGAGUCCGAAUCCCGCUCGCCAUCCAAAUCGGAGCGGGGCAGCCCUGUCCAACCCAAGGCGGAGAGCAGGUCUGGCUCUCCCAGCCCUUCCCGAGCAUCCAAACGUUCUGAAUCCAGAUCCCGAUCCCGCUCCAAGUCCAGGUCUCGCUCUCGUCGCCAUUCGAAUCGCCACUACAGCCGCUCUCGGUCUCACUCCCACCGGAAGAAGUCCCGCUCUCGCUCCUACAGUCCUGAAUACCGACGCAGGCGGAGCCAGAGCACAUCGCCCAUGUCUAAUCGACGCAGACACACUGGUAGCCGGAGCUCAUACAGCCAUGACUCCAAAAAAGACUCGCACAGUCAUGGUGAUGCCAGGGCUAAUCCAGACCCGAACACUUGUCUGGGUGUGUUUGGUCUCAGUCUGUACACAACAGAGCGAGACCUGAGAGAGGUCUUCUCACGUUACGGGCCUUUAGCCGGUGUCAAUGUUGUGUACGACCAGCGAACGGGACGCUCUCGCGGUUUUGCCUUCGUUUACUUUGAGCACAUCGAUGAUGCCAAAGAGGCAAUGGAGCGGGCUAAUGGCAUGGAGUUGGAUGGAAGGCGCAUUAGGGUGGAUUAUUCUAUCACCAAACGUCCACACACACCCACACCAGGCAUCUACAUGGGUCGGCCCACACAUAACGGAGGUGGGAGCAGCAGCGGUGGCGGCGGCGGCGGUGGUGGCGGCGGCGGCCGUAGACGAGACUCGUAUUACGAUCGUGGCUAUGAUAGAUACGACCGUUAUGACGAGUAUGACUACAGAUACAGCAGGAGGCGCUCUCCGUCACCUUAUUACAGCCGGUACAGGUCCCGCUCAAGAUCUCGCUCCUACAGCCCACGACGAUACUAGGAAGAUCCCUAAGACGUCUUUCUUUUUGCCUGUUUGCAUCCAGCUAUACAUUUGUAAAGACAUGAAGUACAUGUAAACUCACUGUACUACAGAAAGAUUUAAUAAAUGUCUUAAUUUGUAGACUUAUUAGUAUGUAAGUUGAAGGUUUGUGGAGAUGAUAAAUACUGUCAUCAUGGGGUUUUAUGUGUGAGGGGGUUUUUUUUGUUUGUUUUUUUGGUAGUGUGCUCGUAUGGUGUGAUAUGAGUUUUCCUAUAUACUGGGUAUCUUUUAGUAAGUAUGUGUGCCGUACUAAGAGCGAGUGAGUGUGUGAGUUGCUGUACAUAUGAGACAGAGAAUCAUGUACUUGAGAAAGCAGGCUGAGAUUGCCUCUGUUUAUCUGUGACAGAAAAAUACUUUUAAUUUCAGGAUUAAUUUGUGUUGCUUUGUUUCUUUUUCAAGAAAUAAAGACCUUAAAAUAAAUGUGCUUCUUUUUAUUGUGACAAGACGUGCUUUGAUGUGCUACUUAGUCUUAUUAAUGUUCUUCAAAGCUGGGAAUACAAGCUUUUUUUGUAGUAACGUAUUCUACAGAAACCACCAACUUGGCUUUACAUUUGAAUGUUGAAUUUUAAAAAACAUACAAAAAUGUGUGAAAAAACAUCUAAUUUAUCGCUAAGAAAUUUCUAGCAGUUCCUAGCAAGUAAUUAAUGUUUAAUAUCUAUGACAAAAUGUGUCAUGUCACAACUGUUACAAAAAAUUAUUAAUACAUUCCAGUAUCUGAAAUGCAAAAAUCAGGUCAUAAUUAUUAAUAAUAAUGAUAACAGGUGAGAAGAAGAACAUUGAUAAUUUGCACUAUUAUCAGAUUGUUAAAAUAAAAGCAAUAUGUGAACAAA